UGUGUGUGAGAGCACCGACUGGGAAAAAAACACAAACACUCUCUCCGCUGAGCCUGAGAGUCUCAGAAGAGCAGCUAACGGCAGCUAACAAACCAACGACCUCCAGCUCCCAGCCGUCGGGUUGAGAUGACAUUGUGUGUGAUUUGAGCGCCACUUGAGCGUGUUCUGCUUUACCUGGACCUGUGAGAGCGGAGGUAUGGUAUUAAUGGACCUGUGAGAGCGGAGGUCUGGUAUUAAUGGACCUGUGAGAGCGGAGGUAUGGUAUUAAUGGACCUGUGAGAGCGGAGGUCUGGUAUUAAUGGACCUGUGAGAGCGGAGGUCUGGUAUUAAUGGACCUGUGAGAGCGGAGGUCUGGUAUUAAUGGACCUGUGAGAGCGGUGGUCUGGGUAUUAAUGGACUUGUGAGAGUGGAGGUCUGGUAUUAAUGGACCUGUGAGAGCGGAGGUCUGGUAUUUCUGGACAUGAGAGCGGUGGUCUGGUAUUAAUGGACCUGUGAGAGCGGAGGUCUGGUAUUAAUGGACCUGUGAGAGCGGAGGUCUGGUAUUAAUGGACCUGUGAGAGCGGAGGUCUGGUAUUAAUGGACCUGUGAGAGCGGUGGUCUGGGUAUUAAUGGACUUGUGAGAGCGGUGGUCUGGGUAUUAAUGGACUUGUGAGAGCGGAGGUAAGGUAUUAAUGGACCUGUGAGAGCGGAGGUAAGGUAUUAAUGGACCUGUGAGAGCGGUGGUCUGGGUAUUAAUGGACCUGUGAGAGCGGUGGUCUGGUAUUAAUGGACCUGUGAGAGCGGAGGUCUGGUAUUAAUGGACCUGUGAGAGCGGUGGUCUGGGUAUUAAUGGACCUGUGAGAGUGGUGGUCUGGGUAUUAAUGGACAUGUGAGAGCGGUGGUCUGGGUAUUUCUGGACAUGUGAGAGCGGUGGUCUGGGUAUUAAUGGACCUGUGAGAGUGGUGGUCUGGGUAUUAAUGGACAUGUGAGAGCGGUGGUCUGGGUAUUUCUGGACAUGUGAGAGCGGUGGUCUGGGUAUUUCUGGACCUGUGAGAGCGGUGGUCUGGGUAUUAAUGGACCUGUGAGAGCGGCGGUCUGGGUAUUAAUGGACCUGUGAGAGCGGCGGUCUGGGUAUUAAUGGACCUGUGAGAGCGGCGGUCUGGGUAUUUCUGGACCUGUGAGAGCGGUGGUCUGGGUAUUUCUGGACCUGUGAGAGCCGUAGGAAGACGGGAGGCAAUCAUCUACCUGGACAGAACAACCGCUGACCUCUGCAUCACUGCUCUUCCUCUCCUCUCUCUCCAGACUGCCUUCAGUGUCUUAGAACAGACUGCCUCUCUAGGUCGACUUAAAUGUGACUGCCUUAGAUAUUCACAUGUAGCAGGGUAGGAGAGAAAGUGUGUGUGAGUGCUAGGGACGUGCAUGUGUGAUCGCGUAAGAGAGUGUUGAGGGCUUGCAGCUGGUGCUGAGAGCGACUGAGGAGAGAGGGAGGUUGGAUCAGAGCAGAGAGAAAAAAGGCUUAGGAAUGACUGGGUGGAACUGGAGGCUAUAGCUAACCUUGGAAUCAUCCUGGAACCUUAAGGGGCUACCGCCACUACUUCACCCCAAAAAGAGGAACUAGGACUGGUGAAAGAUCCGUGCUCUGUGGACCCUAAACCUUGUGCCUGGGGAUAAGAUGGGAUCCAAGAUUUGAGAUCUGGACUUUUUAAGACAUUGGGAUGAUUUCAGAGGACCCUGUGAGGGAUGAGGUUGUCGGGGGUGCGAGGGCGAGAGCAGGCUCCCCAUGCCCAGUGUGCACGGUUGGCCCCUCCCCACUAUGAGCAUGCAGGUGCUUCAUAUGGUCAGGGAGCUGGUGUCUCCUUCCCGACGCAGAGCAGCCGCCAGAUACGGAGCGUCUGGUACAGAGCAGGAUGCUGUGCUGAGGCUUGAGCAGGAGAGGGCUGAGAUCGUCUCCAAAUAUGACAAGGGAAAAGAGGGUGCCACUGUGGAACCCUGGGAGGAUGCAAGCUUCCACCUGUACAAAGUUAUUGACCGCUUCGGCUUCGUACAUGAGAAUGAACUUCCGUCCUACGACUCGGGGGAAGAGAAGCAAAAACACUUAGAGGUAGAAAGGACCUCAAAAUGGCUGAAGAUGAUGAAGAGCUGGGACAAGUAUAAGAACAGUGAGAAGCUGGUGAGGCGGAUCUAUAAGGGAAUUCCCCUACAGCUCCGAGGAGAGGUGUGGUGUCUGCUCCUCGACGUUCCCAAAAUAAAAGAGGAGAAGAAAGACUUCUACGAGAAGCUGAAGCUCAGGGCUCGAGGUCUGUCUCCUGACGUCCGUCAGAUUGACCUGGAUGUGAACCGAACCUACAGGGACCACGUCAUGUUCAUGACCCGCUACGAUGUCAAGCAGCAGGCUCUGUUCCACGUCCUAACAGCCUACUCCGUGUACAACACGGAGGUGGGGUACUGCCAGGGCAUGAGUCAGAUCACUGCUCUGUUGCUCAUCUAUAUGAAUGAAGAGGAUGCCUUCUGGGCUUUGGUCAAACUGCUGUCUGGACAGAAACACGCCAUGCAUGGGUUUUUUAUCCCCGGGUUCCCCAAGCUGAUGCGCUUCCAGGAGCACCAUGACCGCAUCCUCAAGAAGAUGAUGCCCAAACUGAAGUCACACCUGGACACACAGGAGGUGUUCACCAGCCUGUACACUAUGAAGUGGUUCUUCCAGUGUUUCCUGGACAGGACCCCCUUCACCCUGACCCUGCGGAUCUGGGACAUCUAUAUCCUGGAGGGAGAGAGAGUUCUGACCGCCAUGUCCUACACGGUCCUCAAAUUGCACAAGAAGCACCUGUUGAAGCUGUCUAUGGAGGAUCUGGUUGAGUUUCUGCAGGUGACUCUGGCCAAGGACUUCUUCUUUGAGGAUGACUUUGUGAUUGAGCAGCUGCAGAACAACAUGGUGGAGCUAAGGAAGUCCAAACUGGAGCUUGCUGCACCAGGUAAAGAGGACGAGUAUCCCAAGAAGCUGCUUGGGCAGCUUCCCCCAGAGCCGGCGGUGAACCAGAACCACGUGGCAAAUGGUCAGAGCCACGCCCAGCCGGCCGAGCCCCCAAAAGCGACUAGCCCCUCCCCCGAGCGCCAGCGGGACAGCCGACCCCCCAGCCGGGCGCGCAGGGACUCCCUGGAGAAGUUGGUCCGGCAGCACAAGGCUGAGAAGAGGGAGGCCAGAUCACGGGGGUCUGGAGAGAACUCCGUCCACGUAGACCCCCACUGCAAACCGCCCUCCGCCCCCACCCUCGCUACCCCAGAGAGAGGGUUCACACCUACACCGUCCCCGGCGCCCUCUCCUUCGCCACACCCCAACCCUCCUACAAAAGUGGUGGACGGAGGGAAGCCUCAGAACCACGCCACGGCCAACCACAACUCCAAUGCCGCCUCCAGCAGCUCUCGUAAAGACAUCGCCCCGCGCUGGGUCAAGCCCUCCGAGACCAAGCUGGAAGCGGCCAAGGCAGCGGCGGCCAGGGAGAUCCAGCUGAGCCGCGGUGGUUCCCCGGCCCCCUCCAGCCCUGACGACACCCUGCUGCUCAACCGCCGGCCCCGCUCCAGGGGCUUGAUCCCAGGCUCCAACCGUGGCUCCAACGCCUCUCAGUACGACAACGUGCCCGGGGGGGCAGAGCAGGACUUUGUGGAGGUCCUGGAGCUGGAGAGGCCACCGUCGCAGAUGAGGCGCAGCGAGACACCGUCCCUACCCCCCACCCACACCCCCAGCCUGCAAGGGAGCAUGGUUUCCAUAGGGCCAGUGGCUAGGCAGGCCAAACACCCCAUCCCCGCUGCCCUGUCCCUCAACAGCCCUACGGGGGGUAAACCCUUUGUCCACCCCAAUGGCCAGAGCCAGUACCACACGCCCCCCCAGCAGUACUCCCCCGGCCGGCCUGCUAUGGUGCCACUCCACUACCCUCCGUACAGUGUGAGCCUUGAGCAGAGGGGACUGGGAGAGGACAGGCACUACGGCCCCCCGCUCUCCCGAGGCACCCCAGCUAUGGGUCUGAUGUAUGGGGAGAGGGCGUACGUCACCACCCAGCGGCCCAGCCACUCUCCGGAGAUAGCCCUCAUGAACAACUCCUAUGCCACCACCCACAGGCAGCCUCCCAGCUCAGCCCAGCCCCCCCGGACCAUUGUAGGCCCGCUGGCCCCCCGCACCAUACAGCAGCUGGACAGCCCUGGUAGUAACGCCUCCACAUACCUGCGUCAGCCCACACGGCUCACCUCCGCUGCAGCAGCCUAUCCGGUGCACCCUCCUGCUGACUACAACAGGUACGAGGGGCGCAGGAGGGGGGAGCAGACCACGCCCUACCUGCCUGAGGGGCCAGGCUGGGGAGGGGCAGCGGAGGUGCAGCCGCGGGGGCAGCAGGAAGGUGGUGACAUGACAUGUGCCCCUGGAGGUGUACCCCGCUCCCCCAGCUUCCAGAGGGCCCAGAUGUCCCCCGUGCAGGAGUUCACCUUCUCUGACGGCCUGGCUCACUACAGGACACAGUUCCACGAGCAGCAGCAACAGCCCACCAUGAGGCAGCAGCUCCCCCCGCUGUUCGGAGGACCACACUACAGGCACGCACCAGAGGCGUUCACCAUGCAGGAGUCUAUGUUGCUGUGAGAGGACGAGAGAGGGAUAGAAAGACACUGAGGUGUAGUCACUGACACUUCGGCAGCAGAGACCAGCGGGAGUCCUACUGGAGUUAAGGAGUUUUAGUUUGGUUUGUGCUUUAUAUGUGACGUACUGACCUUUUUAAAAGUCAUACUGCAUCGUGAAUGCUGCAGUAUACCAGCUUCUGAUGUUUUUAUGGAUCUAUUUUAAAAACCCACUGAAGAUUGAUUAUUUUAUUUUUCGGAUGUUAAAUCAUUAAUGACAGGAGUUAAAAGUAUAUAUAUAUAUAUAUAUGUCUUUUAGAGUUGAAAAUGUACAGUAAAUGAUGUUUUGUUUAUAUACUGAGUUAUUGAAACGUUAUGAGUAGCAGGGGACACUUCUCCUGGCGAGACAAACUCAGUGAUUCCAUUUUUCUUUUCCAUCUUUAUUAUUUUUUUAUGAGUUACUUCCAAAAUAUCUACUUUAGAGGUCAAUUUACUCUAUAUGCUUGUGAAUAUCUUAUUUUUCAGAGAGAAGAAACAAAGCUAUGUCAAAUAAUAGAGUUACGGAACAGUGACAAUUAAAAUCAUUGUUGAAAAUAUAUAAUUUCAAUUCUGAAGCACCUCCACUGUAUAACGACGGUUUUUAAAACGUUAUUUUUUCAUUGAGAUUAUUCUGUUGUCGCUCAGUUUAGCGACCACUGUCAUUUCUAGUCAUUGCAAAGCAUUUCUGUAACCCGAAUAGUGUGUACAGUAUGUUUGGGUAUCGAGGCCAGUGUCUACCCCAUAUUGAGACUGUAAACUCUAUCAACAGUGAACUGUUUUGUCGUCCGUAGGGGAAAAAACACCCCUUUUCUACCUUGAAGUAAUGUACGAUUUACUUCCCUCUGAAAAGUUUACCUGAACAUUAAUUGCAUAUUAACAGUACAGUAUUUUCAUCACCACAGAGUAGGUGUCAGCUAAGUGCAAGAGGUUUCUAUAGAGGGGGAAUGUGUAACGGUAUUGAAGUACUUACUAAGCCGCAAUAUGCUUUAAUUGCCAACCCAUGUCUUGUAUUGUCAGCAGUCACAUUCACUGCUCUUCAGUUACCAGCACUUACAUAUUAAAUCAUUCCAUAUACACACAUCAACACUUACUGACCUGUACAUACUACUUUGUAGUGUGACGUCACACAUUUGAAUACAUAUUCAACCAACUACCUUUUUUAGUGCUGAUUCUCAACUAUGUACUUUUUGAUACAAUGCUUAUCGUUCUCACGGUUAUAAUUAUACUGUUAUUAUUUGAACAUGCAAAUAAGUCAUUCCUUUUUUUUGUUAAAUAAUUAAUUGCAAAAUGGUUUAUAGUGUGACGUCACACAUUUGAAUACAUAUUCAACCAACUACCUUUUUUAGUGCUGAUUCUCAACUAUGUACUUUUUGAUACAAUGCUUAUCGUUCUCACGGUUAUAAUUAUACUGUUAUUAUUUGAACAUGCAAAUAAGUCAUUCCUUUUUUUUGUUAAAUAAUUAAUUGCAAAAUGGUUUAUCAGGUCAUUCUUCAGAGACUUUUCUUUACUUAAUAAAACAAAAUGGGGUGUGCAUUUCC